AUGGGAAAAGGAGUAGUAUCUGAGAAGAUGAAGCUUCUGGUAGCUUUAAUAACUUUGCAAUUCUAUUUUGCAGAUUUCCACAUUGUCUCAAGAGUUGCACUUAACAUUGGUGUCAGUAAAGUUGUGUAUCCUGUUUACAGGAACAUUCUUGCUCUUCUCCUCAUUGGUCCUUUCGCUUAUUUCUUGGAGAAAAAGGAAAGGCCUCCUCUCACAAUCUCAUUACUAGUUCAGUUCUUCCUCUUAGCACUCAUAGGGGAAGAAUCCCCUUUAAUCACAGCGAAUCAAGGAUUCUACCUCUUGGGACUGGCCUAUGCAUCUCCAACUUUAGCUUCAGCAAUGCAGAACUCUGUUCCUGCAAUCACUUUCAUCAUGGCUUGUGCCCUAAGGAUCGAGCACAUAAAUCUUGUUCGAAGACACGGUGUAGCCAAGGUGUUAGGGACUAUAGUGAGCAUAGGCGGAGCCACAAUUAUCACAUUGUACAGAGGAUUCCCACUUUUUCAGAGAAGCCUUACUGCUCAAAAAACCAAUGCUCAUGACGGGAUCGAAUCCAUUAACAAAGCACAGAACUGGACACUCGGAUGCUUAUACCUUAUGGGACACUGCUUGUCAUGGGCUGGUUGGAUGGUUCUCCAAGCUCCUGUCCUGAAGAAGUACCCAGCAAAGCUCACCUUAACAUCAUUCACAUGUUUCUUUGGUGUGAUUCAGUUUCUUGUCAUUGCUCUGUUUGUCGAAACUGAUCCCAAAAACUGGAUUAUUGUCUCAUGGGAAGAGCUUUUCACCAUCCUUUAUGCGGGAAUAGUGGCGUCCGGUCUGGUGGUUUAUCUUCAGACAUGGUGUAUUUACAAAGGCGGUCCUGUCUUUGUAGCUGUCUUUCAGCCGCUCCAGACACUUCUUGUCGCUGGCAUGGCAAUUGUCCUCCUUGGUGAUCAAUUAUACUCUGGAAGCAUUGUUGGAGCAAUGUUCAUAAUGCUAACUUUACGUUUGGAAUUGUUAUUCUACUGCUGUGGAUUGAAUCUAUAA